AUCACACCCCAUCAAAAAGAACCAUCAGAGAAAGGCAGAAAAUACUUUUAGGGCGAACUUAAUUUUAAAGCUAAAUAUCUUGCAUUGAGGUUAUCGGCAACUUAUGAUUGGAACUAUUCAUUGCAGAAACGGUGGAUUGACCCUCUUGCAAUUAUUUAUUUGUAAAAAUAGAAACUUUGUGUGGAAAGUAAAUUAAUGUCUUUUUAUCCAGCUCCUAGACCUUUCCUGCGCAUAGAGAAAGGGUAGAACAAAAAUUUGAUCUGUCAACGAUUUCCAUCUUAAAACAAUUUGGAAAAAUUUACAAAAUUAAAACUGAAACAUCAAAAAAAGACUGAAUAUUCGAUAUUCUGCAGAUUUGUUACUCACCUGCAGAUGAAUAUAGACCUAUUUAUAAAUUUUUUGGUAUAAGUAUUUCAUAAGAGCGCGCAAAUACUUUUGAAAGAAUACAUGAUAUAUUCGGGUCGGUAUAACCAAUUAAGUGGGGAAGAUGUCAAGACAUGUAACUGUGAUAACAGGGAUAAGCAUCGCAGAUCCUUUCAGGAAGUCACGGCGUUUUUGGGCUGAUACGGUUAGGUUAUCGGGGCAGAAAUUACCAGGGAAAUUGGAAGUGACGCAGUCCUUGAAAGCCGCGAUCAGCGUCCUGUAGGUGUCACAGCGCUGGGCCAGACUACCGCGCUAUGAACAACUUCUGCGAGUUCACUUCCCCGCGUCUCAGAAAUGGGCAGGCGAUUCGCAGCUGCUCGCCCCAGACUGUCGGACCAGAGCAUCGCGGCGCCGUUUCCAUCUCUAAACGGCACCGCUGACCAUGAUGGAUGGAGUCAAUGGCAACAGGAACAUGUCAUAUAGCCGAUGGAGUUAUGACAGCACCUUAGAUGAUGAGAGCAGCACCUUGCGGCAGCAGAAGCUGGACAGACAGCGCGCCCUGCUGGAGCAGAAGCAGAAGAAGAAGCGGCAGGAACCCCUGAUGGUGCAGGCUAAUGUAGAUGGACGCUCGCGUGUCCGCAGGACCAGGCAGUCGGAGGAGCAGGCGCCGCUCGUGGAGUCCUAUCUCAGUGGCAACAGUGGCGCCAUUUACCAUGUGCAAGAGGCCGAACAGGAGGAGGAGAAGGAGGUGGCGGAGCCCCCCCAGGCCCCCCGCUCAGGCAAAAAAUCCAAGGGCGCCUCAUCCACCCCCCAAACCAGCAGUGGCAAAAAGGAGAAACGGGGAAAGCACAAAGGAAUCGAUGGCCCGGCGGGUCUCCAGGAUGAGGCCCAGGACCCCAGCGGUCAGGUCCAGAUUCUGACGGUGGCAGAAGAGGUGGGGAGCGACAGUGUGAGCGGCGGCCAGCAGCAGGGCAAGCAGGACCUCCGGGUCAGCAUGCUGAAGAAAGGCAUUUCAAGUAGCAUGAAUUUUGACGAAGAGGAGGAUGACGAGGAGGAAGAUAGUUCCAGUUCUUGUCAGCUCAACAGUAACACGAGGCCUGGCUCAACCACAAGCAAGAAGUCAGGAAAGGAAGCGGCCUCCGCCCCCACUCCCCCGGCCAGCGAGCCUGCCAUCGACGUGGACGACCUGGAGGAGUUCACUCUGAGGCCCGCCCCUCAGGGGGUGACUGUAAAGUGUAGGAUCACACGUGACAAGAAGGGUAUGGACCGGGGAAUGUACCCCACCUACUACCUCCACCUGGAAAGAGAAGACGGCAAGAAGGUGUUCCUAUUGGCUGGAAGGAAGAGGAAGAAGAGUAAGACGUCAAAUUACCUCAUCUCCAUCGACCCAACCGAUCUCUCUCGAGGUGGGGAGAGCUUCAUUGGGAAACUGAGGUCAAACUUAAUGGGAACAAAGUUUACGGUCUACGACAAUGGAUUGAAUCCCACGAAGAGCACUUCCAGCUUGGAGGCCAGCAACCUGCGGCAGGAAUUAGCAGCUAUCUGCUAUGAAACCAAUGUUUUAGGUUUCAAAGGACCUCGAAAAAUGAGCAUCAUAAUUCCUGGAAUGAACAUGGAAAACGAGAGGGUGUCCAUAAGGCCCCGAAAUGACCAUGAGUCCCUGCUGGCCCGGUGGCAGAGCAAGAGCACAGAGAGCAUCAUUGAGCUGCACAACAAGACGCCUGUGUGGAACGAUGACACGCAGUCCUAUGUGCUCAACUUCCACGGCAGGGUCACUCAGGCCUCAGUCAAAAACUUCCAGAUCAUCCAUGAUAACGACCCGGACUACAUCGUGAUGCAAUUUGGUCGAGUGGCAGAAGAUGUCUUUACCAUGGACUACAAUUACCCAAUGUGUGCCCUGCAGGCCUUCGCUAUUGCCCUCUCCAGCUUUGACAGCAAGCUGGCCUGCGAGUAGGGCCCCAACCACCUCACUGCCUAUCUCCUGUGGACUUCCACAGCCCCAUACUUCCGGCUACCGACCUAGGGCUGUGGUGACCAGGCCCACACUCUAUGGGCCCCAUGCGGCUAAACCGACUGCCUGCUUGUACAAACUCUGAGCUCCUGUGGGAUGUGUGGAGACGGUCUGGUUAAGUGCGAGGUACAAGGCAUCUCCCUGUACUGCACGUCUUUCUUCAGUUUCUGCACUGACAUCAGGCACAAAGGCCAGGAUACCCAAGUCUGUAUCAGUGAUAAGCACAAGGAGCGAUGGAACGUUGAACUGAAGGCUUCUCGACGUACACAAUGUGUCAAGUGAAAUCAUGACCAUGAAUGAGUAUGACUACUACCAUUGUUUGUAGGUGUGGUGCACGCAAGUGUUGAUUUACCCAUGAAUAGCUUUUGUGUGAAUGGAAAGUGUUGCUAGCUAGCACUAACCACGUGAUAUUCGUUAAGUUCGGAGAAGGUCUUGUGAUCACCUUAACUUUCUCACAUAGUGACAACUUGAUCAUCAUUAGUUGAAUAACGCUUUAUAAUACUUGUAUUGAAACUGUGAAGAUUCAGUCUGGUUAUUAAAACACUUCAUAUUA